AUGGACAAAGGUCUUGUUUUCAAAAGCCACAGCGACAGCAGCGGUGAAAUUCAAGAAAUACCAUACGAGUCAAUCAGAAAUCUUGCGAUAAUUGGAGAUGGCUCUUUUGGUAAAGUGUACAAAAGCUUAUAUAAUAAAUAUGAAAUAGUUGCAGUAAAAGAUGUGCGUGAAGAAGUUUUAGAAGGCGAAAAGAGUAUUUUUGGAUUAUAUCAUCCGAAUGUAAUAAAAUAUAUCGGCUUCGUCAAAGAUACUUCUCCUUGUCGCAUUGUAAUGGAAUACUGUGAGAGAGGAUCACUUAGGAAAGAGUUAGAUGACUGUGGCUGCCUUCAAAAAACCGACUUCUUCUUAUGGAGCAGAAAAAUUGCUGAUGGAAUGAGUUACCUUCAUUCACGAAAAAUUGUCCAUCGAAAUCUGAAUAAGUUAAAGUUACCUCUUCCAAAAACGCCGCUCAAAGAGAUAGAGAAACUUAUUGAGAAGUGCCAAAAACUGGUUUCAAAGGAAAGACCGCAAUUUAAGGAAAUUGUGGAGCGGUUUAAUGGAAAUUCAAUGAAUGAUGAAGAGUCUACAACUACAGAAGAAUUGUGGAAGUCGUGUGUAUUUGAGUGGAGAGAAAAAGCACUUGAAGAAUUAAACCCAGAGUUAUAUCAAGAUAGCGAUUCUUCUGCUAUGGUAGCUGUUUAA